AUGGACACCAGCUCCAGCAUCGUUGAACAAUUCGGGAAAUAUCAAAUUCUACAAAUCAUUCUAACGUGUCUACCGGGCGUCUUCAAUUCUAUGAGCAACGUCAACUUUGUAUUUGUUGCUGGCGAUAUUAAUUAUAGAUGCCGAGUACCUGAAUGCGAAGCUGAUGAUGUCUUUUCACCACCAUGGUGGCCCAAUUCGUCAGAAGACCGAUGUUUAAGCCCAUUAUAUAACAAGAGUUUGAACGGCAUCUGUACAAACACCAGCUUUCACGGUUGGGAUCAUUGCACCAGCUGGAUUUAUGAAUCCAACGAUACAGUUAUCGCAGAGCUGGAUCUUGCCUGCCAACGAGUAAAAUCUAAUAUGAUCGGCACUGUGCAUAAUGUUGCGAUGGCCAUAUCGAUGUUUUCCGCUGGCUGGGUGGCUGAUUGGUAA